GUUACUUCACAAAAUGGAAAACUCUCAAGCAGACUAUACUACCGAUGCUACUGAGACUCAGCUCCAGGAGGAGACUAAACUCCAGGAAAUAGUUGAGUUCAUCAUGCCAGGAAAGGACAAGAACUUACUCAAACCAGAGGAUCUUGACCAAGAUGCUAUGCAGGAGUUAAAAGACUUAAUUCCAAACUUAAACUCAAUCACACUGUCUGGUCAUUCUUAUGGUCUUGAUGCCUGUAAAUAUAUCGGAGAUAUCAUCAAGGAUGCUCCUAAUUUGACUAAAAUUAAUUUCAGCAACAGCUUCAUUGGGAAAAUGAAGGACGAGAUUCCAGUGAACUUGGCAGCCCUGUUACAGGGACUCCAAGGCAAGCAAAUCACUCAUGUUGACCUCAGUGAUAACGCUUUUGGGCCAUCUGGUGUUCCUGGAUUCGAGGAGUUUUUGAAAAAGACCCCAUCUAUCAAAGUUCUGAAGAUGAUCAACUGCGGACUUGGACCAUUUGGCACUCCUGAGUUAGCUAAAUGCCUUAAAGAGGGAAAUAUCCAGCUAGAUGAACUCUAUGCUGGUAGAAACAGAAUGGAGUGUGUCGGAUUCCAAGCUAUCUCAGAGUAUAUCAAAGAAGUAGGUACUUUGAAGAAAGUCGAACUCCCACAAAAUUUUGUGAAGAAAGAAGGAAUGAUCGCUCUCAUAGAUGCUUUGAAGAACAAUAAAGAUCUGGAAUACAUCCACAUCCAUGACAACUGGCUUAAGGAAGAAGCUAUUAAAGAAUUCUCUGGACUUUUGAAGUCACUAAGUUCACUAAAAUCUAUCAAUAUUUCAGACUGCGAUAUCGGUGGGGCUGGAGUAAAGAAGAUCAUCAGAGGUUUAGGCCUAAGCGAGAGUAAAGAGACUUUGCAAUCCUUCUCAUGUAACUACAACGAAGUUGAGAGAUCAAAGACAGUCAGAUUUAUCUUCAAUGUGUUCUCUAUGUGCUCAGUGCUGAACUUCAUCUCCUUCUACGGGAAUGAAUUCAACGAGAAGUUGAAGAAACAGUACACAGAAGAAUAUGAAAAAUCUAAGAAAACUCUUGUGCUGAAAGACCCCUCUAUUGAAGAAGACGACGAAGACGAAGAGGAUGAUGAAGAGAUUGAAGAUCCAAGUGACGAAGAUGAAGACGAGCCUGACUCUGAAGAGGAAACUGAAGACGCUCAGGAUUUACUCAAAAAGUUUGAGAAUUUAAAAAUUGAGUAA